AUGUCUCGUAAUAGUGUCUUAUUGCUUGCGGAAGGCUUAAUAUAUCCCGAACUGCACUACGGUCCUUAUGCCCGUGAUUGGUGGUCACCUCAACCAUCUAAUGAUAAAGACGUUUCAGUUUCUGUCCC